GAGGAGGACUCGCAUUAACGGACACAUCCACAAAUACAGUUAACUUGAAGAACAACAUAUUUCUUCUUCAGAGGAUUGUUUCUUGCUUUAAACCUCGUGCUUGGACCAUUGUGGAUAAUAUUUUCGUGUUUUACUCGCCAUGGCAUUUGGAUUGCGACGCUACGCACGGUGCGUAAAAUGGCGCUUUGGCUGCGAACGGAGCUGUCAGCUUCUGUUCUUCCUUUUUUGUCUCAACGAUAUUGUCAGUGGUCAUAUCCGCUAUUCAAUCCCAGAGGAGAUGAAGAGGGGCUCUCUUAUCGGCAAUGUAGCCCAGGAUCUUGGUUUGGAUCUGAAAAGGCUUCGCUCUGGUCGGGCCCGUAUCAUAACUGGAGAAAACAACCAGUACACCGAGCUGAAAGCAGACAAAGGGAUUCUGGUCGUGAAUGAGAGAAUAGACCGGGAGCAGCUUUGUGGAGACGUGACACCGUGUAGUUUCAGCUUUGAGAUAAUUUUAGAAAACCCUAUGGAGCUACAUCAGAUUACCGUUGAAAUAACAGACAUAAACGACCAUUCCCCGACGUUUAAAAGAAAUAGCAUCCCGUUUGAAAUCAGUGAAUCGGCAAAUGUUGGCUAUCGGUUUCCUCUGACGAGUGCAGAGGACCCAGACGUGGGUGUUAACGGACUCAGAGAAUACUUUUUGUCCGAGAAUGACAAUUUCAUUUUAAAACAAAGUUCUAAUGCAGAUGGAAAGAAAUACGCGGAGAUGGUUCUUCAGAAGACAUUAGACAGAGAGACAAAUCCUCGUCUGUCUCUAAAGCUAAUAGCUGUAGAUGGAGGAACUCCGCAAAGAUCUGGCACAGUGAAUAUAGAUGUUAUUGUUCUGGAUAUCAAUGAUAAUGCACCUGUUUUCAAUCAAUCUGUGUACAAAGCUACAGUAAUGGAAAAUUCACCGAGUGGUACGUAUGUUACAACUGUUAAUGCUAGUGACGCAGAUUUUGGGUCAAACAGUCUCGUAUCGUAUCAUUUUUCAGACCUCAGCAGUGGUUUUGGCAAUUUGUUCACAAUAGAUGAAAAAACUGGCAUCAUUUCAAUAACUGGUGUAAUUGAUUAUGAAAAAGACAAAAAAUACGAGCUCAGAAUUGAAGGGAGAGAUCAAGGAGGUUUAACGGAUUCAAGUAAAGUGAUAAUUGAAGUAAGUGAUGUGAACGACAACACCCCGACUAUUAGCGUGAUGUCAUUCACUAGUCCUGUGUCAGAGGACUCCCCUCCUGGAACAAUUAUUGGCAUCAUUAACGUAAAAGACCUUGAUUCAGGUGCUAACGGACAAGUUAGUUGUAAAAUAGAACAAAACGCACCUUUUAAGGUCAAAUCUAAUUUGAGAAAUUAUUAUACAUUAGUGACAGACACUGUGUUAAAUCGUGAAAGUGCUUCAGAAUAUAACAUCACUGUUGUUGCGUCAGAUGCAGGAAUUCCUCCUUUCUCAACGAAACGAACUUUUAAUUUGAAGGUCUCUGAUGUGAACGAUAACGCCCCAGUGUUUUCACAAAGUGUUUUCAGUGCAUUUAUCAUAGAGAACAAUUCACCUGGUAUUUCUGUUCUGACGCUCGUUGCGAAGGAUCUCGAUGAAAAUCAAAACGCCCGAAUAUCUUAUAUUCUCGAGGAUACGCAAAUUGGUGGAUCUCCAGUAUCUAAUUAUGUUUCUGUAAAUGCAGAAAGCGGAGUGAUACAUGCUGUGAGGUCUUUUGAUUAUGAGCAAAUUAAAGAACUGGCUUUUGUCGUGAAAGCUCAGGAUGGAGGCUCUCCUCCACAAAGCAGUAACGUGACUGUGAAAAUACUGAUCCAGGACCAGAACGACAACCCCCCUCAGGUUCUGUACCCAGUCCAGACUGGUGGCUCUCUGGUGGCUGAAAUGGUGCCUCGUUCAGCGGAUGUGGGCUAUCUGGUCACUAAAGUGGUGGCUGUUGAUGUGGACUCUGGACAGAAUUCCUGGCUCUCCUAUAAACUGCAGAAAGCCACAGACAGGGCGCUGUUUGAAGUGGGCUCACAGAAUGGAGAAAUAAGAACUAUCCGCCAAGUCACUGAUAAAGAUGCAGUGAAACAAAGACUGAGUGUUAUAGUGGAGGACAACGGGCAGCCCUCUCGUUCAGCUACAGUCGUUGUUAACGUGGCGGUGGCGGACAGCUUCCCGGAAGUGCUGUCGGAGUUCACUGACUUUACGCACGACAAGGAGUACAACGACAACCUGACUUUUUACUUAGUGCUGGCUCUGGCUGUAGUUUCCUUCCUCUUCAUCACGUGUGUAGUGGUUAUUAUCUCAGUGAAAAUCUACAGGUGGAGACAGUCUCGCGUCCUGUAUCACUCCAACCUCCCUGUGAUUCCAUAUUAUCCACCACGUUACUCAGACACUUUGGGGACAGGGACUCUCCAACACGUGUACAAUUACGAGGUGUGCAGGACGACUGACUCCAGAAAGAGUGACUGUAAGUUCGGCAGAGAGGGUAGUCAGAACGUGCUGAUAAUGGACCCCAGUGCUACAGGGACGAUGCAGCGGAUACAGAGUGAAAAUAGCAUCCUGGAUGAACCAGACUCUCCUCUAGAGGUGAGUUAA